AUGUCCCCGUUAAGUGGGGGAAUCUGGCAAAGCAGAAGGAAGCCCUCUGACAGCUAUGCAGAUGGUGAGGGACGGGGAGACACGCCCAGAAGCCCUUGGAGUGUCAGCGCCAAGCCCUGUCCAGCAGAGGGAGGGAGGGAGGGAGGGAGUGAAGUUGCUCAGUCCUGUCUGACUCUGCAACCCCAUGGACUGUACCCUACCAGGCUCCUCAGUCCGUGGAGUUUUCCAGGCAAGAGCACUGGAGUGGGCUGCCUUUUCCUUCUCCAGCAGAGGGGGCUCAGGGCCAAGCUUUCACAUGUGCUGCUGCCUGCCCUCUUCGCUGUUUCCUCUGGAAUGUGGAGUGAGAAGUCCUUCCUGUGA